AUGGCAGAGCCCUCGUCCUACUCGGCAGCACAGGUGGCCGUCCUGCUGGACAAUCUCACGAAGAUCGAUGCGCUGCGCCUGUCGGAUCCCGACUUUCGGAUGUCCGCCUUCAAGGCGCAUCUGGCGGACAAUCGCUAUGCGAAUGUUUAUCCCUAUGAUGCCUCUUUGUUGCCCGGUACCUAUAUCAAUGCGUCUGUGAUCAAGCCUCUGCCGGAAAGUGAAGAGGGUGCAAUAGCGUGCAUUGCUUCGCAGGCUCCCUUGCCAUCCACUUUUCAUACGUUUUUUGACCACCUGUAUGACCAGAAAACAGACGUGCUUGUCAACCUGACGGCGCUGGAAGAGAAUGGAAUCCCCAAGAGCGAUCGAUACUGGCCCGUGGACACGACUCAGCCGUUUGUCGAUGCGACCAAGACGUGGUCACUUGCGCUGCUCUCCGAACAAUCGGCGACGCAGGCCUUUGACGCUACCACACAGCCUCUUGCCUCUGCUCUCCCUUCCCUCGUGGUCCGCCGUCUCCGCUUGACCUCCUUGCGUGAUGCUAGCAAGCAGCACGAUUUUACACAGCUGCAUUUCUCAGGCUGGCCAGAUCACGGCGCUUUGCCCGCACCUUCCAUAUUAGGUCUGAUGCAGGCGGUGGAUGCUGUAGCACGUCCUCCUCUCAAAGAUGCUAUGCCAUGGAUUCACUGCUCGGCGGGUAUUGGCCGCUCCGGCACACUGAUCGGUGCCAUGCUCCUCCACCAAAUGCCAUCUUCACACUUGACCUCUCAACCGACACUCCAGCUGGCUGCCUAUGUAACGCAGCAUAUGCGCAAGUACCGUGCUGGCACGGUGCAAACGGCUGGCCAGCUUGUGGCCCUGGCUAUGGUCAUUGACCAACUGCGUUCGAGCUAA